UAAAGCCGUGAGAAGAAGAAGAAGAAGAAGAAGAACAACAACAUGAACAAGAUGAAGAAGAAGAGCAGCAGCUAGCAUGGACGCCGUGUCGCAGCGAGUGUUGGAGCACCUGACGGAGGUGGAGGAGGCCGCGGAGGAGGUGCUCAGCACCAAGCAGCAGGUGGUGGAGCUGGACAGCAGGAGGAACAGGAACAGAGAGGCUCUGAGCGCGCUGAGGACAGAGGACACGGAGAAAGUGAAGGUUUGCUUAGGAAACAUGUUCAUCAAACUUCCCAAACUGAAGACUAGAGAGAUGAUUCAGAAAGACCAAGAGCAGCUGGACAAGGAGAUAAAUGAGCUUCGUAAAGGACUGAAGGCUAAAGUCAACCGUCUGAAUGAGCUGCAAGGGAAACCUGAGCUGCGGGGCUACAGUCUUUCUCCUCUGUCCACUGAGGAAAUCAAAGCUAUUAACAGCCUCUUCAAGAGAUGACUUUAAAUCUCCUUACGCCUGGACAUUUGUUGGAACAGAAGCCUCCUGGAUGAUUGACAACCCAUAUGUUACCCUUAUCAGCUGCCUGACAUUUUCAUUUUCAAAUAUUGUGUUGCGGUCUAAACCCUACAAAAGCAAAGUUCAGACAAAGUAUGUUUAGGUAUUUCCCCUUUCCUCUCACUUGUGGAAAAUCAGCCUUAUGCUCAGCUGAGUGCUGGAAGAACAUUGUGUGUGUGAACACAAAGUGAUGUUGUGUUGUCUGCUGUGAUUAAAUUGACAGGGCUUUUAUAUUGGA